GGAAGCAUCUUGGGUCCAAUGCUUUUCUUACUCUUCAUCAAUGAUCUUCCUGAUGUCAUUUCUGAAUCUACAUCAACAGGACUGUAUGCUGAUAAUAACAAAUUAUAUAGAGAAAUCUCAACUCCAGAGGAUUGUUCUCAGUUAGAAGAAGCGUUGUCGUGUGCGGAUGUUUGGAGCGGUAAGGAUAACAACAUCAACUUUAACCCCUCAAAAUGUAAAAUAUUGACAUUCUCCCGCCGUAAAAUACCUUUUCUUUUCGAAUAUUAUCUGGGAUCAUCCGAAUUGAAGCGUGUGAAUGAUGAAGUUGAUCUGGGAAUCACAGUGACCAGUAACCUUUCAUGGACUACCCAUAUUAAUAAUAUAAAAGCCAAUUAA